AUGGAUCUGCCGCCACUUCUCAAGGGGUGCCCUCUGAUGACCGAUUCAUGCCGCCGCCACGCCCGACCACCAGGGCAACUAGACGGUGCUCCCGUCUGCGAGAAAAUCACCCGCGCGGGCAAGGCGCUGAGCGCCGUGCUGGUGACGGUGCUACUACGCCUGGCCGCCAUCACGGACGUGAUUGUCGCCUCUAACGCUCCCGCCUACCGAGUGGCGCUGGAGCACCCAUGCCUCUUCCAUGCCGACCUCCGUUCCAUGCUUCGCCCCGUCGGCGCCCUGCUCGUCGCCUUCCUCCUCGGAUCCUUUACGCACUACAUCAACUCCGACCUGUGUCACUGCCGUCAACCUCCUCUCCAGCGGCAAGGUUAG